GUCUCUCUCGGUCCUCCGCUGCUGUCCCAAACUCCCUCGACAGUCGGUGGCCGCCGAACGCUCGCUCCCGUCGGCAUGCUGUCUGUGUGAACAUGGAGUUUCCCUGUGCCCCGGCGCCGGCUCAGCUUCGACCCUCCAGCGGUGCCACCUGCUCCUCUGCCGCCUCCCAACGCCACAUUAGCGGGUCGGGGACACCGGAGAGCCCGCGGCCCCGCCUGGAGACCCCCGAGCUUCCUGUGUUUGGACGGAAGUUCACCUGACAGACAGCUCCAUGCUGUCCCCUCUCUGUCAGGAGCACGGUGGCUCUGUGGUCUGGCCUGAGACGUUGCCACACUCUCAGGUUCUCCAUCGGCCCCUGCGAUGCCCCCCUCCACCCAUAAGCGGCAGCAGCGUUGGCCCUAAUCCCACGUACUACCACACCGUGUACAACGUCCAGGUGGACCAGUACCGAGAUGUUCCUUUUGUCAGCGGAAGUGGGGGAAUGGGGAGCCGCUCGGCCCGUGGAAGUUUGGCUACAAGCAGCAAGGACCCCACUGUCCCACCCAUCCGCAGGAGGGGAGGACUUGUGGACCAUCGUGAUGUCAUCAAGGCUCACCAAGCCCACAAAAUGCACAACACACCACAGGCCAAGAGGAAGCAAUGGGAAAUGGCGCGUUUUGGAGACGAGCUUCCCAACAGGUAUGGUGGAGGAGGAGGUGGCGGCGGCGGUGGCGGGGGUGCCGGCGGACAGGGGGGACCUGGCCGUGGCGGAAGCAGGCAAGGGGGGCCCCCCGGGGCUCAGCGGAUGUACAAGCAGUCGAUGGCCCAGAGAGCCCGGACCAUGGCCCUGUACAACCCCAUACCCGUCCGGCAGAGCUGCCUAACGGUCAACCGCUCCCUCUUCCUCUUCAGUGAGGACAACGUGGUGAGGAAGUACGCCAAAAAGAUCACUGAGUGGCCUCCGUUUGAAUGGAUGAUCCUCACCACCAUCAUUGCUAACUGUAUCGUUUUGGCGCUGGAGCAGCAUCUUCCUGAUGGAGACAAGACGCCCCUGUCAGAGCGGCUGGAAGAAACUGAGCCCUACUUCAUAGCCAUCUUCUGUUUUGAGUCGGGAAUAAAGAUCCUGGCUCUGGGUUUUGCGUUACACAAAGGUUCCUACCUGAGGAACGGCUGGAACGUCAUGGACUUUGUGGUUGUCCUCACUGGUAUCCUGUCAUCAGUCCGGUCUCAAUUUGACUUGAGGACCCUGCGAGCAGUUCGAGUGCUGCGGCCGCUGAAGCUGGUGUCUGGGAUUCCUAGCCUGCAGGUUGUGCUCAAGUCCAUUAUGAAGGCGAUGAUCCCCUUGCUGCAAAUCGGCCUGUUAUUGUUCGUGGCCAUCCUCAUGUUCGCCAUUAUCGGCUUGGAGUUCUACAUGGGAAAGUUCCACAAAACCUGCUAUAAUGACAUCACAGGGGAGAUCAAGGAUGAAGUGCCCUGCGGUGACUUUCUGCCUUCAAGGUUGUGUCCCAAUGGCACCACUUGUAAAAAAGGUUGGCUCGGACCCAAUUACGGCAUCACGCAGUUCGACAACAUCCUUUUCGCCGUGCUCACCGUCUUUCAGUGCAUCACCAUGGAGGGCUGGACAGACAUGCUGUACUACAGCAACGAUGUGGAGGGAAGUGCCUGGAACUGGAUGUACUACAUCCCCCUCAUCAUCAUCGGCUCCUUCUUCAUGCUCAACCUGGUGCUGGGUGUCCUCUCAGGUGAAUUUGCCAAAGAGAGGGAACGAGUGGAGAACAGGAGCGAGUUCCUCAAGCUCAGGCGACAGCAGCAAAUCGAGAGAGAACUCAACGGGUACUUGGAGUGGAUCUGCAAAGCGGAGGAGGUGAUUCUGGCGGAGGAGGAUGGCACUGGGAACUUCGACGGUUCAAGAAGAAGACCAACUAUCAAGACAAAGAAUAACAAAACUGAACUGCUGAACACAGAGGACGGGGAAGACAAUAUGGGGGAUGCAGUUGGGUUUGCACGCUCCAGUAUAAAAAGCGGAAAAGAUGGCGGCAACUACAGUAAAAAAGAGAGGCGGCUGCGGUUCUUCAUCCGAAAGAUUGUCAAGACUCAGGCUUUCUACUGGACGGUCCUCUGCUUGGUGGGGCUCAACACCAUGUGUGUGGCAGUGGUUCAUUACGACCAACCGGAGCUGCUCUCCGACUUCCUUUUUUAUGCCGAGUUCAUCUUCUUGGGUUUGUUCAUGUCGGAAAUGCUGAUCAAGAUGUACGGUCUGGGCAUCCAGCCCUACUUCCACUCCUCAUUUAACUGCUUUGACUGUGUGGUGAUUGUCGGCAGCAUCUUUGAGGUCGUGUGGGCCACCAUCAAACCCGGCACGUCCUUCGGCAUCAGUGUGCUGCGAGCGCUGCGUCUGCUGCGCAUCUUCAAAGUCACCAAGUACUGGGCUCCUCUUCGUAACCUGGUGGUGUCUCUGCUCAACUCCAUGAAGUCCAUCGUCAGUUUGCUCUUCCUCCUCUUCCUCUUCAUUGUAGUUUUUGCGUUGCUGGGAAUGCAGCUGUUCGGUGGACAAUUUAACUUUGAAGAAGGGACUCCACCAACCAAUUUCGACACAUUUGCAGCUGCGAUCAUGACUGUUUUCCAGAUCCUGACAGGAGAGGACUGGAACAUGGUGAUGUACGACGGCAUUGAAUCUCAGGGAGGAGUCAACGACAAAGGAAUGGUCUUCUCUAUUUUCUUCAUCGUCCUCACCCUCUUUGGCAACUACACGCUGCUGAACGUCUUCUUGGCCAUCGCUGUCGACAAUCUCGCAAACGCACAGGAACUCACCAAGGAUGAAGAAGAACAAGAAGAGGCAGCCAAUCAGAAGACAGCUCUGCAGAAAGCAAAAGAAGUUGCCGAAGUCAGCCCGCUCUCUGCUGCCAACCUUUCUAUUGCUGCCAAAGAGCAGCAAAAGAACCACGUGAAAGGCAACAAAUCUGUCUGGGAGCAAAGAACCAGCGAGAUCCGCCGACAGAACCUGAUGACCAGCCGAGAAGCUCUCUAUAAUGAAAUGGAGCAGGAGGACUGGAAGGUGGGAGAAGAGGGAGAGGAGGUGUCAUACCCGAGGAAACCUCGUGGGGAUACUAAGACUCACCUGGAUCGACCUCUGGUGGUCAACCCUCAAGACAACCGUAACAACAACACCAACAAGACCCAGCCAGGGGAACUUCCCCUGGACCAAGAGUACAGGCGACAGGACUUGGACCACAUCCGCCGUGCCGCCCACUCCCACCACCACUGCCACCACCGUCACCAUCACAAAACUGUAGCCCCCAACAGCCAGCCACCAUCAGGCCAGCAGGGGGCCACGCGGAUAGAGCAUGGCUUCAGCUGCACUUCUUUGGGAAACCUGGAGGUCCAGCAUGGAGAGGAGAGACACGGUCACCGGAGCCACAGGGGCCACCGACAUCGGAACAGGGAAGGGAGAGCCACUCGCAGCGUGUCGCCUCAUCACAGUGAAGCAGGUGAUGGAAAUAAUGAACACAGGAGGUCCAGACAGCACCGCAGAGCAGCCAGGGAAGGGGAGCAGGGCAAGAGACACAGGUCGAAGGGAGUGGACGGUGAAGUUGAGAAAACAGAAGAGGGUGAGGGACGGAAGGCGAGGCGGCAUUGUCAUGGCAACAAAGAGAGAAACAGAGGGCAUCGCUCGCGAAGGGAGCACCACAGCACCGGUCCUAGCCUGUCCACCGCACGACCGGUUCUGCAGUACAACGAGGAUCUGGACAACAUCCGCAACAACAGCAAGCUCGCGGGCGCUCAGGAGCGGCCGUACCCGUUCCCACCCGACCACGUCAACAACCUGCUGAACUACUGUGACGCCGACACACACACUCUGCUGCACAGCAUGGACAGCCUCAUCUUCAGCAGCAUGGCCAAGCCAGACUACACAAGCAUAGACAUGCCGCCCAUCUACCCCUACCCCUCCACCAAUGCCAUCUUGCAAGUGAACAAGAACGCCAACACCGACCAGAAAAAGAGAGAGGAGAAGGAGGAGGAGGACGACGGGGGAGACGAGGACGGCCCCAAGCCCAUGCCUCCAUACAGUUCCUGCUUCAUCAUGUCAACCACAAACCCGUUCCGAAAGUGCUGUCACUACAUCCUGACGCUGAAGUAUUUUGAGUUCAGCAUCCUGUCCAUCAUCGCCAUGAGCAGCAUUGCCCUUGCUGCUGAGGACCCAGUUUGGCCGGAUUCUCCCCGGAACCAUGUGCUGCGUUAUUUCGACUACGUUUUCACAGGGGUCUUCACUUUUGAAAUGUUGAUCAAGAUGGUCGUGCUGGGCUUAUUUCUCCACCAGGGCUCCUACUUCCGCGACUUGUGGAACAUUCUGGACUUUAUAGUGGUUAGUGGUGCUCUGGUGGCCUUCGCCUUCACAGGGAGCAGCAAGGGCAAAGACAUCAGUACCAUCAAGUCUCUCCGCGUGCUCAGGGUGCUGCGUCCUCUGAAGACCAUCAAGCGUCUCCCAAAGCUCAAGGCCGUGUUUGACUGUGUGGUCAACUCUCUGAAGAACGUGCUGAACAUCCUGAUUGUUUACAUGCUCUUCAUGUUCAUCUUCGCCGUGGUGGCUGUGCAGCUCUUCAAGGGCAGAUUCUUCUACUGCACAGACGAAUCCAAAGAGUUUGAGCGUGACUGCAGGGGCGAGUUCUUAGUGUAUGAAAGGGAUGAAGUUAAAGCUCAAAAGCGGGAGUGGAAGAAGUACGAUUUUCACUACGACAAUGUGGCUUGGGCCCUGCUCACUCUCUUCACUGUCUCCACUGGAGAGGGGUGGCCACAGGUGCUUAAGCACUCAGUGGACUCCACCUAUGAGAAUCAGGGUCCCAGCCCAGGAUAUAGGAUGGAAAUGUCCAUCUUCUAUGUGGUGUACUUUGUUGUCUUCCCCUUCUUCUUUGUCAAUAUUUUUGUGGCUCUUAUCAUCAUCACCUUCCAAGAACAGGGAGAUAAAAUGAUGGAGGACUAUAGCUUAGAAAAGAACGAGAGAGCCUGUAUAGAUUUUGCCAUUAAUGCCAAGCCCCUGACGCGCCACAUGCCAAAGAACAAACUAAGCUUUCAGUAUCGCAUGUGGCAGUUUGUAGUGUCGCCACCGUUUGAGUACAGCAUCAUGGCUCUGAUCGCGCUCAACACCAUCGUGCUCAUGAUGAAGUUUGAUGGUGCGUCGCAAAUGUACGACGACGUCCUGAAGAAUCUCAACAUUGUGUUUACCACUUUUUUCUUCAUGGAAUCCAUCCUGAAGAUCAUCGCGUUCGGCCCUCUGAAUUACUUCAGAGACGCCUGGAAUAUUUUUGAUUUUGUCUCCGUCCUCGGAAGCAUCACUGAUAUUUUAGUAACAGAACUUGGGAAUAAUUUCAUCAAUUUAAGCGUCUUGAGGCUGUUCAGAGCUGCUCGCCUCAUUAAACUACUGAGACAAGGAGGAACCAUUCGGAUCCUGCUCUGGACCUUCGUCCAGUCCUUCAAGGCUCUGCCAUAUGUGUGCCUGCUCAUAGCAAUGCUCUUCUUCAUCUACGCCAUCAUCGGCAUGCAGCUGUUUGGUAACCUGGCGCUGGAUGAGGAUGGAGAAAGCGCCAUCGACGAACACAAUAACUUCAGAACCUUCAUCAUGGCCUUAAUGCUGCUGUUCAGGAGCGCUACAGGCGAGGCGUGGCAUGAUAUCAUGCUGUCUUGUCUUGGUGGUAAAGAAUGUGACCCGGACUCAGGGAACACCGAGCCUGAGUGUGGCAGCACCUUCGCCUACACAUACUUCGUGUCCUUUAUCUUCCUCUGUUCCUUCCUGAUGUUGAAUUUGUUCGUGGCUGUCAUCAUGGACAACUUUGAGUACCUGACCCGAGACUCUUCCAUCCUGGGACCCCAUCACCUGGACGAGUAUGUAAGGAUAUGGGCUGAGUACGACCCGGCGGCAUGCGGCCGGAUCAGUUACACAGACAUGUAUCAGAUGCUAAGACACAUGUGUCCGCCGCUAGGCCUUGGGAAGAGGUGUCCCGCCCGGGUCGCCUAUAAGAGGCUGCUGCGCAUGGAUCUGCCUGUGGCCGAUAACAACACCGUGCAUUUCAACUCCACCCUGAUGGCCCUGAUCAGGACGGCACUGGACAUAAAGAUCGCCAAGGGUGGUGCAGACAAGCACCAGAUGGACGCAGAGCUGAGAAAGGAGAUGAUGGCGAUUUGGCCAAAUCUGUCUCAGAAGACGCUGGAUCUGCUGGUCACUCCUCACAAGGCAGCCACAGACUUGACGGUGGGGAAAAUCUACGCCGCCAUGAUGAUCAUGGAAUACUACCGGCAGAGCAAGACCAAAAAGAUGCAGGCAUUAAGAGAAGAGCAGAAUGCUGCUGAUGAUACAACAUGGCCUCACCUGUUACUCCCCAACCGAACGCCAUUAAUGUUUCAGCGCAUGGAGCCACCCCCUGAGGGAGGGGGCAUGGAUGGGCAGGGGGGUCAGGGCCUGAACGGCCUCCCCAACACACCCGCCAACAUCAACAGCAUACCCCAAGAGGGCAGCAUGACUGAGAGCCAGUCAUGGGUGACAGCGAAGGCGCAGGAAAUGUUUCAAAAAACGGGUAACUGGAGCCCCGACCGACCGUACCCCGACGACCUCCACGACAACCGGCACAACCCGCAGACUGUAGAGAUGAGGGAGAUGGGGCGGGACGGGUACUCGGACACUGAGCCCUACCAACCAAUGGAUGGGCACGGGCGGACCGUCUCCAUGCCCCGCCUCACUGCAGACAACCAACGGAGAAGACACAGACCCAGAGGAAAUAACCUCAGUACCAUAACGGACACCAGCCCGAUGCGCCGGUCCACCUCCAGCCUAGUCCACGGGCGCAGUGGUCGAGGCGUGCGGCUGGACGACUACUCUCUCGAGCGGGUGGUGUCGGAGGAAGGAAGACAUGGAGGUGGCCGUCGGCACAGGGACCGCAGUCAUCGGACCUCUCAAAGAUCCCUGACACGAUAUACGGAUGCGGACACUGGCCUAGGCACUGACCUAAGCACGACCACCCAGUCCGGAGACUUGCCCCCUAAGGAGAGAGAGAGGGACCGCGGUAGGACGAAGGAUCGUCGCCACCACCAUCACCACCACCACCAUCACAGCUCCAUGGACAAGGAGCGCUAUGGCCUUGAUCGUCACGACUACGCACAUAGGCAUCCUCAUGAGCGCCACUGGUCCCGCUCGCCCAGCGAAGGACCUGAUGGCCGAGGCCACAGACAGGGCAGUAGCUCGGUCAGCGGCAGUCCGGUUCCCUCUACCUCUGGGACCAGCACUCCACGGAGAGGUCGACGGCAGUUGCCACAGACUCCGGCGGUCCCCCGUCCGCAUGUCACUUACUCUCCCGCUGUCCGUAAACCCAACUAUGGCCCACCAGGCCCGGGCCGCCUGCGCUCGCCUUCUCCACGACAUUUCUCUCCACCAGACCACGACCGAGGUUUCCAUCACAGACCGCCAUCGCGGCAAGCCUCUCCACACCACCAAGGCUCCACAUCCAGACAUGGCUCGCCACGUUCGCCGAGACACCAGUCCCCACGCUCCCCACUUCAUGGAUCACCUCGAUCCCCUCAUAGAGGCCGCUGGAGUGGACCUCCGCCGGGGAAUAGUCUGGAGGGUGACAUUCCCUUUUAUGAGCGAGACUAUGAGUAUGAACGACACCAUGAGCCCCCUGCAUACGAGCAAAGCAUUACCCAUGGGAAUCCACACCCACAUGCAGGGAAUCCUCAUCCCCACCCCCGCUCACCAAGGACUGCCCGGCAUGGUCCACCACCACCACCACCCCUACAUCCACACCCGCGGAGAGUACCCAAUGGCUAUCGCUCAUCGUCGCCUUCUCCACAUCGACGGGUGCCACCCGGUGCAGCACCCCAUCCACAGCAUCGGCCACCACAUGCCCGAGGGCCCCGCAAGGGGCUGCAUGAACCUUACAGUGAGACAGAUGAGGACGACUGGUGCUAGCGAUCGCUAGUGAGUGACAGAUGUCAGCCGAAGAGGACAACGGCAUCCGCCAGUACCCGGGCCUUUAAAACGUAGACUAACAAAGUAGAUGUUGGGGGAAGUAGCUGCCCCCUAAACCCUAAACCUUUGUCCCUCGGACUUCCAAGGAAAGGUUAUUAGGGAUGGGGUCGAUGGUGCUUCAGAUUGCCUAUAUAAUGAUUUUCUGUCAGACUCAGAUGGGUGAUGGAGAAGCACACGGAAAAGAACCGGAAAAGAGAACGCCCAUAUUGAUGGGCAAGGUCCGGGUGUGGAUACCCUCUCUGAGUGGAACUGGAGUUCCAAGACUACCCAGCCAGUGAAGCCAGGCUCCCUGAGGAGAACUGCGGGAUAAGAAAAAAAGGGAAGAGCAUGUCUUUGUCGCAAUGUGGCCUGGGACCUUAGUUUACAAAUGAUUUGCCAAGUUCAAGCAGUUGGGUGCUGCCAGUUACUGGUCAUCCUGCUGUUUGAGACCCAGUCUGCUGCUUUGACUCCUCAACAGAUGCAUUUGAAAGGUUAAUAAGUAAAAAGCCAGAACCCCCUAACCCCUACAUGCCAAGCUAUGCCUCCAGAAAAAAAAUCUAACUUGAACUAUGAAGAACAAACUGACAAAACUUUACCUGUCAAACAAGAAAAAGGGAGAACAACCACUUUAUCUUUAAUCUUUUACUUUCCAAAGGACAGAACCAGGAGGCUCCGCCUACACUGCAAAAACCAGCCAAUCCCAGCAUUGGCUGAUAUUUGAUGAGUUUUAUCAUCCCUGUUUACUGUUAAAGACACUUAAUACUGUCGAAACUGAUGUGACAUCACUUCCUGUCCAGUGCUGAAAGUCCAAAGGGAAUGGUAGUUGACUCCCCAGGGCAAUUCGUAGAUGACCCAGAGGAAGGAGCCCCACGCUUUUCAAGCCCCUCCUUCCUCACUAAUACCAAGGGAUAACCUGACAGGGAAUGACAUCACACAGUUUAUGAAGGCAGAAAAGAGAAAUAUAGUGAUGGGUAAAAGACUAUUUUCGUCAGUAUCUCGACUACUGACUACUUCUCCUUGUUCUUCUUCGGACAUUGAAGCUUGGUUCUUCUGUUGCAUUCGCCCAGCUUCGGUUGAUCUUUUCCAGUGUCCAAAAUCCAAUGGGAGCCUGCAUGGUUGAUCAAACACAUACUGGAGAAGAAAUCUAACGACUGUGGGCGGGAAAAGGGGGGUGUGAGGAAAAGGAAAUAUUUCCAUAGGUUCGCAAAAGAAGUGUGCUUCUCUUGGAAUUUUUUUCUUCUUUCACGACUUGAAUUUGGAUUUCACGUUACUGUAGCGGUAACGGUUGGCGGCCUUGUUUGUCUCUUCUCUCCGCCGACUGAGGUUUCCAAAAGGUUAAAAGAGAAAAAAAAAAAAAAACAAUUGUAGGCUUUUAAUUUUCAUCAAAGCAGGUUGAAGAGUAGGGAGACGCGGACUUCUCUCUCACACUUGAUUUUGUUGUUAAUGAUGAUAGUCUGAUAAGUGUCAAUGUCAAUGAAAAAAUCCAGUGAUGAUGAUGAUGAUGAUGAUGAACUGAUUGAUCUAGCUAUUGCUGUAGAUUUGUUGUCAUGUUGUUUGGAAUUCAAGUAUGUGAUGUCCAUCUGGUUUACAUCUAUUGAUUUCCCCUCUCAAUCCCCAAAUGUCCUCGAGUUCCUGAUGCCUUCAGCAACAUUUCAGGGCAAAGAAUGGGUAUUUUCUUGCGUGUUGUAACGCAACCCUGUCAGUAUAUACUUUGAGCAACAGUCAAGGGGGAAAUCUAGGGGUUCUGAUACCUGACUUUAGUCCAAGGAGUCUGUAUUCUUAUCAAGCCAACCCAAAGAUCCGGACUUUUCUUCCCAAUGACUGGUUUUUCACUUCAGUUGCUCGCCUCGAUCGCAGUGUUUUGGGUUCCUGGACUGCAGAAACAGUAUAUCACGGGUGCGGUGUUCAUGUCCGUGGGGCUGCUGGCACUCUUUGCCGCUCCCUUCUAAAGGUUUCUCAGCCUCGUUUUUGUUUCACGACUUGCUCCAAUAGAAGCAACCAUCAAGGUGUUCCUGUAGUGGACUUUAUUAUGUCAACCCUGAAUCGCUCAGAAACAAGGUAUAACAGUUGAUCACAACCCUUUACUGUCUGGAACAAAAUGAGGGCAUUCGAAACACUGAGACUGACAAGUCCGCUCACAGUUGCUUGCUCCUUUUUAGUAAGCUGUUUUUAAAUCUUCAUUUGCUACGAAUGGGAUUCUGUGGCUGGAAAGAGCAAGAGGGAGUACCGGGCACUUCUCCCACACCUGAUCUGCUUGAGAAACCCGCAGGCGGAACCUGGUCUGUUUGUUGAUCCUUUCACAUGUUGUUCCUUCAUGUGUCUGGCUCCACGUCUAUCUGCCUAUCUGUGCCAAUUCUACCCUCCCGCCAUCCCUCCAACCCCUUCUCUCAGGUCUGGAUAACCAGAGAUCAGUUACCAUACCCCCAAUCGGUUGCUCAGAUCAAACCUACUCUGCCAAACCAAAACCAGUAUCCAGUGACCUCUUGCUCCUCAUCUCUCUUCUUCUCCAGAGUCAUGUUCCUCAGUGUCGCCCGCCAGAGAGCGACACGCUACAGUAGAAAUAUAAAGGACAGAAACGUGAAUUAUUUUUUUUAGGAAAAUAUGUUUAAGUAUAAAUAUAGAGGAUUUUCAAUGUUAUAAUGUAGAUGUAGAUAUAGAUGAAUUAUUUGACUUGCCGUUCAUGCUAAAGGCAGCGUCAAUGAACUCGGGAGCAGAACCUCAAGUCCAUGUCUUGACUCUAUGCAGACCUCAAUGGCUUCCUCGUCAUGUUGCAAAAGAGCAGGAUCAGAAAUCACAGAUCGGAAAGAAAACGUGUCUGAUUCUUUAGAGUGUGGGUUCUGCUCCUCCAGGACCUCAGUUGCUGUCCAGUCCCUCCGCUGCUUCCACAUUGAGCCGCGUGUGCAUGUUCAUCUUUCAUAAUCACCAUUCAAGUAUUGUCUAGUGAGGGAGCCAAAAUGAUUCAGGCGGUAAUGCUUCUUUAAGAAAUACUCUCCACAAGAUAUCAAAAGUUGAAGAUGCAGUCAUGCCUGUUGCAUAUUGCCGAUCUGGUAACUAACCUUUUCUGAUGUGCUAGCGUAGGUGGUGAGCGCUAACUCAGAUACGUCCGCUAUUUGAAUGAAAACAUGGUGAUGUGGGCGUAGCCGUAAAGCACCGGUGAUCUUUUGCCGCACUCGAUUGUUUUAAACUCUGUGAGAGCAAACCUGAACCCCUCAGCCCUUCUACUGGCCCUUGUGGGAGCUUACAGCGUGUAGGUCACUGACCCGAUUCCCCCUACAGCGCCACAGUGCCUUCUGUGUCAUAGUCGUAAGCCCCACAUGUUCCUUUUCCAAGCUGUCAAUCAUCUGACCGCCUGUAGUGGAGAAGACCCUACCGCACUGCGCCUUAAAAAUCCCAAAUGCUUACUUGCUAGCAUCAAAGAUAGGUGAACGGCGGCGUUAAAACUGGGCCACGGUCAGGAGCUAGGCUAAGCUUUGGACAUCCGCGUGAAAGGUUCUGUGACAGCCUGGCAUCUUACCAAAAUUGCACGAUGUUGCUAACCAUAAGUCGGGUGUAACACUUGAAAAGGGGCAAAAUGUUGGGUCACUUCUCAGGUCUUUGGAGUUAAGUAGCUCGCUUGGCAGGCAAUGUCCACACGGAAGUUGCCAGAACAGCUAAGGGAAGUAGAAGGAUGAUAUCCAGUCAGCAGAAUAGCGGACACUUAUGCAAACAUCUCUGAGUUCCGAGGUGGAAAGAAAGAACGUCCCUUUGAUCAGAUAGCUCUUGUUUGUACGAAAGUCCCUCCUCGUGGAAUUACCGUAACAAUGCCGAGUUUCGCUGCUGAAGAGCACCCGCUGCGUAUUCUCACAGCCCGCGUGCUGCAACAAACCUCUUUGGCAACGUAAACACCAAGCAAAUCUACAUCCAGUCCGUCCUUGGUGUUGCAAACCAUCAAAGACUUGUGAGUUGCCAUGUAGAAAGAGCUUACGCAGAAUGAUAAAAGGCGAGGAUAAAUUUUACUUACCGUUCAACUCGCCAACAAAAAUCUUCGGUGGAUGAAUCGGGAUCGACAGACGUUGCCGCAACACACGCAACAAUCAAGUGUCGCGAUGUUAAGGCCUCAGAGGAAAGUGUUUAUCGUGGCAUGGUGUCAGAUGACGUAACCCCCAUCCAACCGUCGACCCCGCCCUCUCCUCACGCUCAAAACUUCGGUAGCCUGCCGACACCCUCAUGGUACCCUCCAUUUUGGCUCACUUGUCCAUAAUUGUAACAGCAAUUCCAAAAUGGCUUACACAACUCUGUGUGUUCCAGCAUGUUGUGCGUUAUUAUUUUUAUUUUCUAAGCAUUCAACCUGGGUGGUAUACGCAUUUCUGGGUCUUAGCUCCGCCCCCACAUCGCUUUUUGACCAGUCGUUGUGAAGGGAACGCCUCCCUUUCUACUCAGUCGGCUGUGAAAUUGUGUCUGUGGGUCAGUCGCGAGGCAAUGUGUUGACAAAACACGAAUAAGGGCUCUCUUUACAAACAUGUACACAGUUGGGUUUUAAUGUACAGUAGUGCUGCCAACAGUUGUGCUUAUGUAGCUGAUGCCACACAGUGGUCUCCCCCUUUGUACAGCACUAGAUGUGUGCAUGCGUGUGUGUCGGGAGGGGGGCGGGGGGUGGAUCAAGAGUUUUGGUGGGAGGGAGCAGGGAUCGGAGUUAACACAAUUUCACAAUGGCGCUGGAUCAUCUUCAUUCUCAAAUGCCAUGUGUCACCUUCACCCGAGGGGGCGACAGUGAGACGAGAACCUCUGAAAGAAUGUGACUUCUAAUUCUCAGCUGUGUGAAUGAGCAGUGUGGGGCAGGUGUGUGACACGUGUGUGUGUCUUCUGACGUCAUCAGCUACAGUAGGUGACCCACCGUGCCUUACACUGUAACUGGACAGAGUAAUUUAGCACACACACACACACACACGCCCUCGCCGUCACCCUUAACCGCUGUGUUUACGCGGGGAUGGUCAUCUGUCAUUCUGUGUCUCUCAUGCUGUCUGUUGUUCAUUCAUGCUGUGUAACUGUUGUGUAUAUACCCUAUAAACUGUCUGGGAAAACCUCAUCUGACAACUCUUCAUUCUGUUGCAGAGCUGCAGUUCCACUGUCUACCAGCAGAUGGUGGUGAGAUAGUGGGCUUGCAGCGCCGUCAUGAGCAGCUCCGGAACAUUGUGUUCUGAGAGAAUGGCCGUCUGGGUGAACUGGGUUCAUGUGAGUGCGGCGUCCAUGCGUUUAUAAUUCCUUGAACUUGCUCCUGGUCCGGGUGAUCACACUCACUUUACGGGCCUCACAUAUGAUGCUUUGAAAACAAGUGCCGUAUUGGGGCGCCAAAACGUGACAGUUCUGAUUCAAACAUUACAGGUGUAAUUACAGUUGUAAUAAACCAUUACAUCAUAGUCAGUCCAGAUAAACUUCGACCCAAUAAAUACAGAAUCUACAAAUGUAUAUAUCGGACUGUGAUCUACAGUCUACUGUGAGUUUCUCCGAGUUGUUUGGCUUCAAAAUGUUGGCGUCAAACUCAAGGCCCGGGGGCCAAAUCCCACCCGCCAAGUAACUCCUCUGGCUUAGGAACGUGUCUUUAGGCCCAGAAAACAGAAGACAGUUUGAAGAUGAGUGACUGUGUGAUUGAGCACGUGCGUGAACUGUCGUCUCUCCCCCCCCCCCGCACACACACACAAACAUGAGUCUCAUCGUGUCACCAUGGCAACCUUCAAGGCUCCCUCUCAGUGUCGCGCUCUCUGUCUCACCGUCUUCUCUCCAUCGCUUCACUCCAUGUGAUUCAUGCUCAUCCACAUCUGUGUUGCCACUGCUGGAUCCUCCUCCAAAAGAAUGUCAGAAAGAAUGUAACUAUUCUGAGACAUGUAUUAGUCUCAUCAUUUUACCCAUGUUUUUGAGUGAACCUCUCCGAUUUAACCUAAUGGAAUGUCACUAAAUAAUAUAUAUUUAAUAAUAUGUUGGCCCCUACAAUAUUUAUUUUUCAAUACAGUAGAAAGGAUUCUAACAAGCUAUGAAUGUGGCUAAUGGUAGACGCUCUCUAGCUGCUAAAUAAACACAAGAAUAAUUCAUGAAAUUAUUAGAUGAGAUCAGAUGAAGAACCAACCCACUGUUUCAGCCUGGUCUUGAAUCACAAAAUAAAAUGCUCUUUAUUUAUAUUUAUUUAUAUAUUAAAGAAAAUCAUAAACAAACUAAGAACAAACCAAAACAAAGCCUUUAUAAACACCUAUCGAUAAAUGAACAGAAUUUCUGUUGACUAGCUAGCUUAGCCGCGAUGCUAACAGACUGACAUGUGUUAUUAUUUUAUUACAUAGAUUUAUAAAAACGUGUCAUUUUGGAAAUUUCAAAAUAGUUAUUUUGGAGGAAACCGUUCAGCAACAACACAUCAAUCAUUCCUGUCGUCAUGGAAACCAUCUGACCCAGUAGAAGCCGAACCAGUGCUGCAGUAGGAAAAAAAAACAUAGCAGGUUGGGAUAAAAUACAUUUCAUAUAUAUAUAUAUAUAUAUAUAUAUAUAUAUAUAUAUAUAUAUAUAUAUAUAUAUAUAUAUGAACACACACAAGCAUAGAUGGCGAUUUAAGAUAAAAGAGAAAUAUUUAAUUACAGAUUUGCAUGUGCAUUGUGCAUGCCACUAUAUGGGGAAACACCUUCAGGAAUUAAAAAAAAAAAGUAUAUAUAUGUAAAAUAUAUAGAGAUAUUUGUUUUAAGAGAAAUGUGUUUCUUUUUUCUCUAUUUUUAAAAACAAAAAAAGGGAAAAAAAAAGGAAAAUACCUGACCCCUAAAAAAAUAUGAUAAAAACUGUUUUAAAAAAAUCUUCAAAUGAAAUGAAUUCACUGAUGAACUCGAAGAAUGUUUGUUAUAUUUGCCCGUUAUUUCAUGGGGAACUCAGCGGGGAAGCAACUGAAAAAAAAAAAAAAACAAGAAGAAGAAGAAGCAAAAAGGAGGGCGGAGAAGAAGUCCUUCUCCUCGAUGACAAACAAGAGUAAAGAGCUGCCUGAACCUGAUUCUGGUGAUGUUAUUCCCCUUGAUGCCAGCUACGAAAAUCUCUCCCUGUCUCUGGCCAUCCUUCUCUCCCUCUGUUUCUUUCUCUCUCUCUUUCUCUGCUGUUUCUACCAGUGCAUUUUGUAAUUUCAAACAGAAUUCUUCCUAAAGAACCUGAAUAAACCAGAGAGAAUGCAUUCUA